AUGGCCCACAGAUUGAUUGUCAACGUGGUUCUCACGGGAGCCUCUGUGUUUGGCAGAGCUUUCACUGAAGCUUACAAGCAAGCAGCCAAGGCUUCUGCUGCUGGAGCUGCCGCGGGUCCCGCCAAAGCCAGUUCUGUUGGAGGAAUCCCAGUAGAUGAAGCACUCAAGAUUUUGGACUUGGAAAAGAAGGAGUUGAAUUUGGCGAAAAUCGACGAGAAGUACAAGUAUCUAUUUGAGGUAAAUUCAAAGGAAAAGGGGAAUUCGUUCUACUUACAGAGUAAAGUGUAUUACGCCAUGGAUACGUUGAAGAAAGAGCUUGAGUUUUUAGAAAAG